AUGUCCUACCUCCAUGCGUCGCCGGCGGCGCUGCCCGCCGAGCUCGUGCCGCUGCUGCUUGCGCCGCUGGCGUGGCUGCCGCACACGCUGGCCGCCUGUGCGCGCGUCUCGCGCACCUGGCGCCACUAUGCCACGCCGCGCCUCUACCGCCACAUUGCGCUGCGCGACCAGACGCGCCUGCGCAGGCUGGUGAGAUGUCUGACGGAGACGCCAGAGCUGUGCAAGCUGCUGCAGGUGCUGGAGAUCCGUGUAUACCCCUUCGGCUGGCCGGCCGAGGCACUCGAGCAGCUCGAGGCGGAGCUCUGCACCAUCCUCACGCGCGCCACGAACCUGCGCCAGCUGGCAUGGACGCGCACCGGCAGUCUCAACGACCGCGUGCUGCCGACGCUCGGCAAGAUGCCGGCGCUGCGGCACCUCGAGCUCACGGGUGACGCGCGCACCUGGUCGCCCGCGCUCCUCGUCAGCUCGCUGCCCGUCGAGCUGGAGGCGUUUUCUGUCGUGCUGCCCGAUCGCAGCCUUAUCGAAGCGCUUGAGGCAGUCGUGACGCGCUGCCCUCGACUGCAGAGCCUGAGUCUGCUCAUGCAGCACUCGGCGCUGCUCCUCGACGAGCAUCUGCAACGCCUGGCGCCGCACUUGGCCUCUCUGACGCGUCUGCAUCUGAUGGGAGCACGCCGUGUCACAGCCGAAGGCGUGCUGCCAAUCCUGAAGCAUGGGAAGCUGAAGCAGCUCGCACUGGAGGGCCUGAACAUUGACCCGAACAGUCUCGAGAGCUUCGUGCCGUCCCUGCAAGACCUGCACGCUCUUUCCCUCACCGUGCCCGCCGCACGGACGGCCCCGCGACACGACUUCUUCCGCGAGCUGACGGCUGUCUGUGCUCGGCUGCCGCUUCUGAGCGAGUUGACAGUAUACGUGAGCAGCAACAACACGCCAGGCGACGCGGAUGAGGACGACUCGGACGAUGAGGCAGUCAAUGUGCCGCAGCCGGCACUCUCGCUCACUGAUGAGGAGAUGCUCGACGAGGAGGCGCCGGGCAUUCGACGCACGCGCAGCCGCCGUGGAGAGGUGCGCGCGCUGACGGCAGCUUGCAACGGCCGCCUCAAGAAGCUGCGCAUCCAUCGUGUGGGCGUCGCUGUGCCCGAGCUGCAGGCUAUGGUGCGCCUGCUUUCGCACGUCGAGAGUCUGGUGGUGCAUCUCAGCAACGUCGACAACCCAGAGCUGCUGCCCGAGAUCUUUGCACAGCUGCCGCAGCUCCGCGAGCUGCACCUCCUCGCCGACACGUCCGAAGGCACGCUGCUGGACAGCGCCUGCCUGCUGCGCCUGGCGCGCGCCUGUCCGAAUCUCGCGCAGCUCGGCUUCCGCAAUCGCGUGUGGGACGUGGAUCGCGUGCCUUGGACGCGCUCCGGCGAUCCCAUCGCGCCGCCUGGCAUCGACCGCCACACCACGGGCGUGCGGCCGGCCGACGCUGGCCUCGACGACGCUGCAGCCGCAGAGGCCGCCGACGACGAUGACGACGUGAGCAGCCGUCUGCGCGCCUCCGCCGCCGCUGCCGUGCCCGUGCUGCGCCCGCUGGACAUGUCCUCGGCGCGCUUUCCCGAGGUCUUCCUCGUCACGCUGUACGCCGACGGUCUGGCGCUGCACGAGAGCGACGAGGCAUUUGGCGCGUUCCAGCGCACGCUUGGCUCGUGGGAUCGACGGCGCUGA